GUACACACAACAUAAUUAUCACUACAGUUAAUUGUUCAAUUUGAGCGGUACAAAAUUUACCGUCAGCUAGUACUAAUUACCUUUAAUGGUAUAAUACUGUGUUGGAAAAAUUAUGUCAACUCUUUUGAUAUACAAAACCACUAUUGGGGCCAGUUGACAUAUUUUGCGUUUCGCGUGAUAACGUUUAUAGUUACAUACCUACACGUGUUUUUGAAAUAUCAUGAUCAUCACUGAACAUGGUAAAACCACAACUAGCGACACAAUGAACGAACGUGCCGAGAUCACGACUCGCAGACAAGUGUACCAAAUGGACGGUAUCAACAGUGACGUUACAAUGGCAAAUCGUCAGCACGCGAAAAGACACAAGAAAAAACGGAAAUGGUCGGACAUCGUGCGGUCGAUAGUGCCGGCCACCGACUGGCUGGUCAACUACAAAUGGUCGGAAUGGAUCAUGGAGGACACCAUGUCGGGCAUCACCGUGGCCGUGCUCAACAUACCUCAGGGCAUGGCGUACUCGAUACUGGCCAAUGUCGAACCCACCGUCGGGCUGUACAUGGCUGUUUUCCCGGUGCUGGUCUACGCGCUGCUGGGCACGUCCCGGCACAUAUCCCUGGGCGUGCUGUCCGUCACUUGCCUGAUGACGGGCAAAGUGGUUUCCGAACACGCGAGCAAUCCCGACACUAAUCCCACGGGAUAUUCCGAGCUACAAGUGGCCACGGCCGUCACCAUGGUGGCCGGUUUGGUGCAAGUGGUCAUGUACGUGUUCCGGUUGGGUAUCAUAUCGAAUAUACUGUCCGACUCGUUGGUCAGCGGCUUCACCGGCGGCGUCUCGGUCAUCGUGCUCACCUCGAUGUUCAAAGAACUGGUGGGCGUGGACGCUGAACGAAGACAGGGACCGUUGCACGUGCCGUUUACGUUUUAUGAUUUUGUCGAUAGGUUUCAUACGAUAAAUUGGACCACGACCGCAGUCUCGACAAUUACAAUAUUGACGUUGGUACUUUACAAUAAGUAUCUCAAAGAAAGGGUUAACAAGAAAACGUUUAUUCCGGUUCCCAUUGAGUUGAUCGUGACGGUUGUCAGUACGUUAAUCUUCCAAUUUACGACUAUAGCUCAAGAUCAUCAUAUGAAAUUGGUCGGCGAAAUCAAAUCUGGUUUACCUGCAUUCGAAUUGCCUCCGAUAAAAUUAUAUCAAACAGUAUUCGUCGAAAGCUUCGUCAUCGCAAUAAUCGCAUAUUCUUUUUCAAUGUCGUUGGCAUUACUUAUGUCGGAAAAAAUGAAUUACAAAUUAGAUAGUAAUCAAGAGCUGUUGGCUCAAGGCCUGAGUAACGUUGUCAGCUCUUUCUUUGCGUGCUUACCUUGCGCCGCGUCGCCUUCACGCAGUGCUUCGAUUCAAGCUAUCGGUGGCAAAACUCAACUGUCCAGCAUCGUGUCAGCUGCUAUUAUGGUGGUGGUUCUACUUUGGAUUGGUCCCAUUUUUGAACCACUCCCUCGUUGCGUGCUUUCUAGUAUAGUGGUUGUGGCACUAAAGGGUAUCUUCCUUCAGGUGUUGGACAUUAAUAAGAUAUGGAAGGUAUCCAAGUCAGACGGAAUCCUAUGGAUAGUUACGUAUGCGACUGUGGUAUUGGUUGAUAUCGACACCGGUCUACUUACCGGUGUCAUUGUGUCAUUACUGUUUGUAUUCAUAAAAGGCGUAUUGGUCGAAGUAGAUGUACUGGGUCGAAUACCCAACACUGAUCUAUACGUGAACCUAAACUUUUACAGUAACGCCGUGGAAAUUCCAAGCAUUAAGAUCAUCCGGUACAACGGCAGUCUGAACGUGAUCAAUAGGUACGUGUUCAAAAGAAGAGCAAUGGAACUCGCCACAUUCAACAGCAGCACCAGAAACCAGCCUUGUGAUGUGGUGGUCAUAUCUGACGAAUUAAGUAAAAAAUCUGACAUCGAAUAUCAUCGUCGAAGCGUUGUGUUCGAUAUGUCCGGGCUUCAGUAUGUCGACACGGCUGGAGCCAAACUCUUACUGGAUCUGACCCGUUCACUGAUCUCUGAAGACAUGGAUGUGUACUUGGCCGCUAUUUCAGAUCGACCACUUGACUAUAUUCGUAAACAUUAUGAUUUGAAGUUUGUUAAGUUCUUUCCAACGGUCCAUGACGCAGUGAUGUUCCAUCAGUGUAAUAACAAUUUCGACACCAAUUCGUUGGACAUAAGUCGAUUACCGAAUCCAAUUGUCUGAUAAAAAUCAUAAAUGUAUUGGUUUUUAGGUCUUCCCCAACUUAGUUUUUAUUUUAUAUUAAGUAAGUAACCGUAUACAUCAAAAGUUGAAAUUAUGUUAUAAUAUUUAAGUUGAUACAUAUUUUUUAGGAAGGUAUAUAAAAAUGAUGUCCAGUGUUUAAUAUCAAGCGUAUACAUUCGAAAGUCAUAACUUAAUUUUAUUCAAAACAUUUGAUUUGAAAAAUCGUUUGCGUCUCAUAUAUAUUGAGUUGCAUGGAGAAGGAAUUUUAUAAAUAUUGUCGUCGUUUAUCGUCCACUUAUACUUUUUUAUACAUGGACAUGAUUUUGAGUUUUUAGCUCAUUAAAUUGUAUUGUCAUUUAAAUGUUUACAUUAUUUUUAUAAUUGUUUUUAGUAUUUUGUAUUAUAAUAUUUAAUUAAAAAAAGUGAAUGUGAGUAUUAUACAUUUAA